AUGGAGAAUAAAAAGUUAUUUUCCACUUUUUGGGGAAGAAGCUGGGAAUUUGGAAGACAAAAAGUGGUUAUGGAAAUUUUUGGAGGCAAGAAAACAAUAAGAAAAUCUGUGUCGAACCCCUUGAUUGCAACGCAAGGAUUACAAGAACAACAGGUUUCUUCGAACGAUUCUUAUUCUGCUUCGUCAUUAACGCUCUGGGGGUUUUGUCUGGGUUGUAGCAGCAAGAUUUUUAUGGGUAGCAGAGACAGCAGAGGUUUAGCGGCUACCACAGGCUCACUGUCGCCGUCCUCAGUUUCAUCGCCAGGUACGUCUGCAACUCCCUCUACCUCCGGCUCACUGUCGCCGUCCUCAGUUUCAUCGCCAGCACUGGCUGGUUUCGUGCUUUCGUUGCUUUGGAUAGGACGUGCCAUAUCUCUGUUGGCCUGCUGCGGCUGUCUUGAAGUUAUUGGAGGUUUCAUGUCCGACAGUGGUGGAACAGGAGAUGAUUUUGUUGUGGCAGGUGUGGGAUUGAGAGUCGGCUUCGGCACUGGCUUCGGCACUGGCUUCGGCACUGGCUUCGGCACUGGGUUCGGCACUGGCUUCGGCACUGGCUUCGGCACUGGGUUCGGCACUGGCUUCGGCACUGGCUUCGGCACUGGCUUCGGUACUGGCUUCGGCACUGGCUUCGGCACUGGCUUAGGCACUGGCUUAGGCACUGGCUUAGGCACUGGCUUAGGCACUGGCUUAGGCACUGGCUUUGGCACUGGCUUAGGCACUAUCCUAGUGGGGUCGGGAGCCGGCUUUGAAGACGACUUGGGAGUAGGAUUUGCCGGUUGUUUUCUUGAGUCUUUUGUUGAAGACCUAGGUGGCGUCAACUUGGUGCUAUUUGUUUUCAUUUGCGUUGUAUAUUUACCUUGAACGUAUUCGGUUACCGCAGUCUGCCUUAUGUUGAUAAUGAGUCCCAUCGGUAAGUCGCAAACCUCCACGUUUACUUGCUCAACUCCAUAACAAUUGUAAUUACGUUCAAUUAAAUUUAAACCCAUCAAUCAAUAGACUUCAUAUAUUUUCAAACCAUGUUCUACAGUAAUAAUUAAAACCAACAAAUACAAGUCCUUACAAACGUCAGUAAACGAAGUGAAGUGAACGUCUGUAAGCUUGUACGCGUAAAGUUUGGGAGUCAGCAUCAUACGGUUUUAAUAACUGUAUGUUGAAUACACCAAAAAGGCCAGAAA